UAAACAUAAGCAUCUGGAACUUUUCAUGUCAAAGACAACUAACUUACACAGCGUUAUUCGGGCAAUGUUAUUGAACUUUGACGGUUGUAGCCUAUUUCUUUGUCCCUGGUAAAAUUCAGGUUUGUUCCUGACAAAUUGCCUAUUAAUGGGAAACCGUCUGAUACGUCUAUGGAAAUAUUAUUUGAUGCCAUUUAAGGACCAAUUGAAUUGGUGGAAGCGGAUGGUAGAGUAUUUAAAUGUGGAUGUGAAAGAAAGGGAAUCUGACAUUUGAAGGUGCCGGUGAAGACUUUUAAGAAUAGACCAAAGGGCAAGUCAAACAACUUGAUGAAACCAAGCCUGAACUAUGCUUUAAAACGUCCAGAUUGCAGCUGUCUUAUUUUAGAAAUAUUAUGAGAAGACUAACUACAUUGGAGAAGGGUAUAAUUCUGGGUAAAAUAAAAGUUAAAGAAGAAGGGGAGGACAGCGUAAGUGGACUAAGUUGAGCAUGUCAUGGCAAAGUCUGCUCCAGAAAGGACAUUUUGAAGGUGCGCCGUUUAUAUGGUUGGCAAGAGUUAACAUCGACUUGAUGGCACCCACUCAAUAACAGUUUGGGUUGAGUUAUACCAGAAAGUGUUUUCAUAUUUGGCAAGUGAAAUAUACUCUGCUCUUAACCUGCUUAUUAUUAGUGAUAUUAUACAGCUAAGGACUGCCACAGUCAUGCUCGCGUUAGUCAACUUUUAAAAUUAAUUCACGGGCUGUGUAGCUGUUCUGCUGCCUUCAAUCCAUCCAACGAGCGUAAAUAUUUUGAUUUUAUCGCCACACCUUAGCUUCCCUUCGGUAGAUUGGCAUCUCGGAGACCAGCCCUCCCCUUAUUAAUAUUGAGGGUUGCUACACGGCGACAUUCUUGGCGGCCUCCCGUGCACGCUGAAAAAGACCCACCUGAAGUUACUAUUUAUGCCAUUUGCUGGCUCACUUCGUGUUCAACCGAAUGCAUAUGAGCUGCUCUUGACUAGCAGAGCCGCCUACAGGCCGUAUUAACUAUGAAGUGUAUAAAGGAGAAGUGUAACUGACCUACUCAGUACUGUGUACACAGGCUGGGAUGCAGUCUGCAGUCUUCGCUCUCGUAAAGUAUGUAAAUCGAGAUUAGAUAGAUGGUUAUAGAUUCGGAGUAUAUUGGUGUGCUUAUUACUGAAAACAUGGAGGAGAAUUUAACCUGACGCUUUCUACAGAGAGUGCAGCACUUAAAGCGAUUACAUUUUUGAACCGAUUAAUGGAGGUGGAUGUAGCCGUUGGCUUGGAGUUCCAGCUCCUACUGUCGCCUUUGGAUUAUCCCUUGAGAUUUUGGAAGUACUCGAACACGACGUCUUGAAUAUGAGCAUUUCUUUAAAAGACUUUAGUGUCCGAUAAUAGACAGUGUACCCUGCUAUAAGAGACUACAAAACCAAAUGCCUCCACUCUGCACAGAAAUGGCUCCACCCCUCAAGGCUCAGUGAUGUUAUCCAUACAGCAUUCCAACAUAUCGGGGCCGGUGCCCCUAGGCCCUUUUUCCAACGGCAGCCAGGCCCUGGGCCCCGCAGCACCGUCGAUGCAGCAGGACAACGUGACUGUGGAGAAGGCCGGCCCCCCUCCUGGCAGCCCCGUGGUGGCCGGGCUCUCCAUGACGCUGGGGGUCCUCUCCAACAUCAUCGCUCUGAUCAUCCUAGCCAAGGCCUACGCCCAGUUGAGGCGCCGCUCCAAGGCCACCUUCCUGUUGUUUGCCAGCUGCCUGGUGCUCACCGACUUCGCCGGACACAUCAUUCCCGGGGCUCUGGUGCUGCGCCUCUACCUGUCGGGGGGUGACUCCACUGCGCCCAAAUCCACAGACGCACUGUGCCAGUUCCUGGGUGGCAGCAUGGUGUUCUUCGGCCUGUGCCCGCUCUUUCUCGGCUGUGCCAUGGCAGCCGAGCGGUGCCUGGGCGUGACGCGACCCCUGUUGCACGCCUCCCUGGUCACCACCGCACGGACUAAGUUCUCCCUGACUGCCAUAUGGCUGUCUGCGCUCUGCGUGGCCCUGUUGCCCUGCUUCCAGCUGGGCACCUACACCUACCAAUUCCCGGGCACCUGGUGCUUCAUGAAGGUCCUGGAGGACACCAAGGGCACCGAUGUGGCCUUUGCUCUGCUCUUCUCCUGCUUGGGCUUGGCCUCCCUGGCCAUGGCGCUGGUCUGCAACACCCUCAGCGGCUUCACGCUGGUGAGGGCGCGCCUCCGCAGGAAGCCCUGCAACCGGCGCUCCGCCAAGUCCCACGACAUCGAGAUGGUGGUGCAGCUGGUGGGCAUCAUGGUCACAUCCUGCAUCUGCUGGAGCCCCCUGCUGAUCUUUGGCCUGAUGUCAGUGACCCAAUCUCUUGGGGAAAACCUGAACACCUACAAAACCCUGAUGGUAACAGGGGUGCGGCUAGCGUCCUGGAACCAGAUACUGGACCCCUGGGUCUACAUCCUGCUUCGUCGGGCUGUGCUGAGGAAGAUCUACCUCAUCGUCAAGCGCCAGGCAGACUUUAAGAGCAGCACGCUCCGGCGCUGGGAGGUCAACUCCUUGCAGAGCUCAGAGAAGAACACCGAACUCAUUGAACAGGAACUGGCCAAAACAGUGGAUUGGCUCACCAUCUGGUUGUCGCAUGUCAUCUACUGCUUCAUCACCUGCUGCCAGAGUGAAAACGGGGAGCAGAACUUGUGAAGUAAUUCUCAUGACGUCCCAAAGAUGAUGUGACCAGGUGUACUGGGUCUGAGAAACCUUCUCAGCCAAGAUAGCUGGAGAAGAUACCGAAGAAGCAUGAGGUGGGAUGGGUGAGUGUGUUUUAAAAGACGCUGCCCUCUGGCCUCAUCUAGUAAUGAGCAAAAAAAAAAUAAAAAAUCUACAAGAUCCACAAAAUUAAAUCCUCAGAUACUAUGAAUUAAAUAAACUAUUUAAGAAAGGAUGCACUUUGAAUGUUUAAAGUAUUUUGGAGUCAUUUGUAUUGUGAAGUGCUGGAUAUUAUUUACAUCAACUUGUAACUUGUGCUGUUUGUCAGUGAUACUAAAUAGUAAACAAAAUUGCUUAGCUACUAGUAAAAGUAAUACUUUUACAAAUGUUUUUGAUGUGUGGUAAGGUUAUGUGUAUAAAAUAACGAAUAUAUAUUGUAAAUAUAUGUUUCAGGCCAGUGUGAAUCUCCCAGUUGUUUGGGACAUAAGUUAUGUGAUGUAAAUCUAAUGUAAAACUUUAAAGCAAAUAAAAAACUCAUAUUUUUUUUCUUGCGCGAA